AUGGCACUUCCCCAGCAUUCCAACGGAGACGCGAUUGAGCCAACCGGAAUCAAAGUUGUAAUCGUUGGCGCAGGAUUCGGUGGAUUGACAGCUGCAAUCGAAAGUCAUCGCCAAGGACAUACCGUUGAGAUCUAUGAAUCGUUUCCGGAGCUCAAAGCACUCGGCGAUAUCAUCUCCUUUGGUCCGAAUGCAGGUCGGAUUUUUCGUCGCUGGUCCAAUGGAGUCAUCGCGGAUAGGCUGAGGCCUCUAAGUAUCGAUCUAAAGAACGAGGGCUUCAAAAUCCACAAGUGGACCGGUGAGCUUAUGCACACACAACCGCGUCGUGAUUACGAUCCUGAAGCCCCGGUUAUCAAUGGUCAUCGAGGUGAAUUGCACACGGUUAUCUUCAACUAUGCCAAGGACGACCUAGGAAUUCCUAUUCAUCUCGGUCAGAGAGCUGUUGAGUAUUUUGAGAAUGAAAAUCAUGCUGGGAUCGUUCUUGAAAACGGCAACAAGGUCACUGCAGAUCUCGUCAUAGGUGCAGACGGUGUACGCUCUAAAGCGCGAGAGCUAGUCCUGGGCUAUGUUGAUAACCCAAAGUCGAGUGGUUAUGCCAUUUUUCGGGCUUGGUUCUCAAACGAGGACAUGAUGCGCGAUCCACGAACCAGACAUUUUUGUGAAAAUGGCGAUACUUUCAAUGGAUGGAUUGGACCUGAUGUGCACUUUCUCUUCUCCACCAUCAAGAAUGGGCAGGACUGCUGUUGGGUUCUCACGCACAAGGAUGACGCUGAUAUCAAAGAAUCCUGGUCCCUCCCUGGUAAGCUCGAAGAUGUGUACAAGGUGAUUGAGGGAUGGGAUCCGAUCUGCAAGGCCAUUGUCGAGAAGACGCCGUCACUCGUCGACUGGAAACUAGUGUAUCGUGAUCCUCUGCCUCGCUGGGUAAGUGACCAUGGACGUAUUGCGUUGCUUGGAGAUUCGGCACAUCCUUUCCUCCCCACGUCCGUACAGGGGGCAACACAGGCAAUGGAAGAUGGGGUCGUACUAGCAGUGUGUUUGAAAGAAGGUGGAAAGAAGAAUGUCCCUGAUGCCGUGCGAGCUUAUCAAGACAUCCGGUACGAACGUGUGAAGGCUGUUCAGAAGACUGGAGAGACCACCCGUGAUAUGUGGCAUAAAGCGGACUGGGAUCAGGUUAAGAAGGAUCCAACAUUAAUUCAACUUCCCCAGGAAGACUGGAUCUUCCAAUUUGAUGCGGAAAACAAUGCGAGAGAAUCAUUCGGGUCGGCGUUGCAGAGGGUGCAAGUGAAUUAG